CCUGUCCUGACGCCUUACACUAUCACAUCUGAAACCUACAGCCUUAAAAGAUCAGGUCAGGACGAGCGAUCAUGAGAGUGUUUAGCAGAGCGCUGCUUAUCAUCGUCUGCCUUCAUCUCUUAGGUGAAAGCAUUGGACAACUUGAAACAUGUGAACCGGCUGAAUGUUGGAACUGUUCUGCAGCCACACAAUCUCUUUCAACGUCACAUAACUGCAGCGAGGUUUGGAAAUAUUGCAUGAAAAAAGAAUUUAAUGUGACCCUAUAUAUCUCUCCCAGCGUAGUUGAAGAGGGCAUGACUGUGAAUGUUAAUUGCACUCAUAAUAUCCCCAACGGCUCCAUCAGCUGGCUACAGAGCAAUGAGUUACAGGAAGAAAAAAAAGAAAUAUUGCAAAUCAAGUACAUUUUAAAAACCUCAGUCGUCAACUGCAGCGUUAAUAGUGUUUGUGGAAACUACAACUCUGGUUUCACAAUUGAAGUAAAAGCAGCUAAUAAUAUGGUGGUUUUAUUGAUUUGUGUCGGAGCAGCAGCUGGUGUCCUCAUGCUGUUCGCAGUAGUCAUGAAGAUCACGCUCAAGAGAGGACAAGAUUCAGGCCAGGAAGAUACAGAGGCAGCAGAACCUGGAAAACAUCCACAGCACUGUGAACACCGUCACCAGCUACUACUGAGAGAGAGCCUUUCUACUGCUGAAGCUCCUGAUUCACAGCCGUUUCAGUUCUAAACUGAAGAAAAAAAAA